AUGGAUACAAUACGAGGUAGAAGCAACAACACACAUCAAAUGAGUAUUCAAGAAUUAUGCAAUCAUGAUGAUAUGGCAACGUCUCUGGUUGUGGAUCCAGUUCUAGGAUUUAGAUCGCAUAAAAUGAAUCCAGAAUUCGUUGAGCCUUCGAAUGAUCAGAAGAAAAAAUUGGCUCAGGUUCUCAAAGAGUACAAUGCGCUUAACGAUAUCAAUGAGAGCUUGAUGAAAAUGUAUAAUGUGGAGUUUAUGAAGAAUUAUGUUCUCAGUCUGUCAUUGACAGAAGCACGCAACUUCAAAGCACAUAUUCUAAAGUUCUUCAUGAUUUUCAACUAUCAUUCGGGUUUCACAGUUCGUCCAUGUUACCGAUAUUCCGGCGAGGGACAUAUUGGUGCUAUGAUGGUUUCGACGAAGAAAUGGAAGAAAAAGGAGAUUAUCCAGCAACUCGCCGGCGUCCUUGGAGAAUUGUCAGAAGCUGAAGAGGAUGAGAUACUGAAAAAGGAUGUUAAUGAUUUUUCUGUUAUGUAUUCUACUCGAAAGAAACGCGCUCAGUUAUGGCUAGGUCCUGCUGCAUAUAUUAAUCAUGACUGCAGACCGAAUUGUCGUUUUGUACCCAACGAUAAUACAGCAGUAGUACAGGUUAUCCGGGAAGUAAACGUUGGAGAGGAACUCACGUGCUAUUACGGGGACAACUUUUUCGGCGAUAAUAACGAGCGAUGCGAAUGUACAACAUGCGAAAAAAGAAAACGAGGUGCUUUCACUGUGAAAUCUAGCACACCGUCAUCUAGCGAUUCAUCUAGAGCUUCGUCGAGUGAAGUUACUGACAAUAACAGUGGAGAGGAAGAAGUAACAUACAGAAACAACCAUUUCGGCUAUGGACUCAGAGACAAACACGCGCAAUCAUAUCGUUAUGUGACGACUCGUCGAGGUGGACUAGUUGUUGAUGAGGCCAAACAAAUCGAGCAGAAUGAAUCCGCAAAAAUUAUUUUUGACGAAAUUUUUGCCAAUAUUGAAAUGCCGCAAGCUACACCAACGACAUCUGGAAGAGUGGAAACUAAUGAGCCGGUGGUGGAAAACAAUGAGCCAGUGGUCGAAGAGAAAAGACCAUGUGAAGCUGAAAAAGAGAGUGAAGAACCAAUAAAGAAAAAACGUCGCCGCCAUCGCGCGCUUUUCGUGCCAAAACCGAGAAAGAGAAAGUGGGUUGACGCGAAUUCGGAUACCAAAACAUCACGUAGAAAACUAGAAUCUGACGGAAUCGUGCCAACCCAAAAGUCGACGAGAACUAGAAGACGCCGUUGGAUUGAGCCAUCAAAUAGAAUCACUAGAGCUAGCGCAGCAAGAAAUUUCAAUAUCGAUAGUCUCGGAUCAAUUGAGGAUACAGAGUUUCGGGCCAUCUUUGAGAUACCGGAUGAUAAAACAACAACAGAUGCGGCUCAAUCAGUGGAGGCAGCAGAAGAUAAUGGUGCUACAAAUAAGGUUCAAGAUUCAGCCGUGAUGGCCUUAAUGGACGGUUCUACUCAAAACGCAGUUUCAUUAGACAAGGAGGACGAAACAAACGAAAUUCUUACACCUCAAUUAAUGGACUCGGAAGAUUCAAUUUCGGCGGAAGUGAUUCCUCAUGACGACUUAGCACCUGAAUUGGCUCCUCAUAUUGACAAAUCCGAGAAGAAAACUGAAGAUGAUAAUGUUUCUGAAGUUGAAACUCAAUCAGUAUACACUGCAACGGAGUUGGCAGCUGAAGUAACAAAGAAUGCAAGCCAAACUGCGGAAGCUUUCGCCAAUGUUUCUUCAAUUGAUGUUGCCUCAUUCGAGGAUCUAUCCAGCCAGACUUCCUUUGCUAAUGCACCCAUCGUUCAUAUUCCAAUCAAUAAUAAUCCAGUCGAUGCUGCUGAAGCUGUUGCCGAUACGAAUGAUCAAUCUUUUGAAAACGCUGCUUCUAUUCAUGAGGUGUCAAUUGUUCAUGCGGCAGUCGAUGCUGCUGAAGCUGUUGCCGAUUCGAUUGAUCAAUCCUUUGACACCGCUGUUUUCAUUCGCGAGGUUCCAAUUAUUCAUGAGCCAGUCGAUACUGCUUCAACCCGUGAGGAUGCUAUCAAUCAAGAAUUCGUUGAUACGGCAUCAAUUAAUGAUUCAAUCGUUGAAAAUCCAGGCAUUUUGGCGCCAAACAAAAAUGAUUCAACGGUUCAGACUUCAACUGAAGCUGCAUUAAAAUAUGAGUGUCUUCAGUAUCCAUUCAAUGCUGCUGCAAUCAAUAAGGCUCCCAAGGAUCAAAAUCCAUUCGUUAAUGUUCCAGUUGUCCAAACGCCAAAUACAGUAGAAGAAGUAGUUCAAGCUUCAUUUGAGUGUGUUUCAACCGGCGAGAAUCCAAUCGUUCAUGACCAAGUCAUCAAGACGCCAAACAAAGAGGAUCCAAUUUCUCAGGCUCCAGUCAAGGCUAUAUCAACUGGCGACGCUCAGGCAUCCUUUGGUGAUGCUUUAAUCCAUGAGUUUCCAAUUGAUCAAGCUUCAGUGGAUGCUUCUGCAAUCAAUAAUGAUUCAAUCUCUGAUGUAUCAAUUGAGCAAGUUCCAGCUGAGACUGCUUCAAUUCAUGAAGAUCCUAACAACCAGAAGUCAUUUGAAAAUAUUUCAAGCACUCAUACAAUAAUCGAAAAGAAGACAAUCAGCAUGGUUCCAUUGGAAGAGGUUCAAAUUGGUUCGGUUCCAUUCGCACAAGUCCUAGCCUUUCAGGUUCCCACCGGUGAGACACAAAUGGAUAAGAUACCGGCAGAUGACUCUUUGAAAGAUGAAGCUACGAUAGUCCCGACAGAAUUGGUAGCAGAACUUCCAGAGGUUGACGCAUCUAAGGAGACAACUUCUGUUGUUGGUGCAUUAGAUGAUACCCAUCAAGCUAUUGAGUGUCCUGCCCUUAUGGUUUCGUCAGACGAGGCUGAAACUAUUGAAGAAUCUAUAAUCGAGCAAACGAUAACCGAUACUUCACUUGUUGGUGCCUUUUCUGAUGAAUCAAAAGAAGAUGAAACGCUGAAACAACAGAUCAAGGAGACCACUAAAAUCACGAAUAUUGCAAGUGAACACGGUGUCUGUUUCGUUGUGGGACAGCGAAGAAUUUCGAGACGAAUGCAUGGAAUUGAGCCUGAUCCUCCAUUGGAUGUCUCGCAUAGAAGACGUCGUCGUGCGAAGAGAAAACAUGCAGAGGGAGAUGAUUCAAUUCAUGAAGUUCAAAUUGACCAAACUCCAAUUGAUAAGAAUUCAAUCGGUCCUCCUCCAAUACAUAAACAGAAAGCUCCAAAUGAUCAGUGUUCAUUCACCCAUGUUCUAGUUGUUCAGGCUUCAAUUCAUGAGAACCCUAUCAAUAAAGCACAAUUCGAAGAAACUCCAAUUGAUCAAAGUCCAUUCGCUCAUGUUCCAAUCGUUCAGUCUUCCACCGAUCAGACCUCAAAAGAUGAGACACAGAUUGAUGCUUCGACCGAUAAAUCUCCAAAACAACAAAUCCAAGAGGCUCCUAAAAACACAAAAAUUACAAGUGAACAUGGCAUAUGCUUUGUUGUGGGACAGCGAAGAAUUUCAAGAAGAAUGCACGGAAUUGAGCCUGAUCCUCCAUUGGAUGUCUCGCAUAGAAGACGUCGACGGUCUAAGAAACAAAUAGCAGAAGCCGAUCUUUCGAAAAAUGAAAACAAUGAUUUGCUUGUUGCAAAUAAUAUUAAUUAG